AUGAAGAUCCUCAGGCAUGAAGAGUUUGAAGAAGGCUGCAAAGCCACAUGUAAUGGCCCAUAUGAUGGAAAGUGGAGUAAGACAAUGGUUGGCUUUGGACCAGAAGAUGAACAUUUUGUUGCUGAACUGACCUACAAUUAUGGAGUAGGAGAGUACCGACUAGGCAAUGAUUUUAUGGGACUUACUAUACAGUCAAGUAAAGCUGUCAGCAAUGCUAAACAUCUGGGUUGGCCUCUGACCAAGUUGGAAGAGGAUCUUUAUCUGACCCAUGCUCCAGGAGGUUAUCCUUUCUAUCUGGUUGAUAAAGAUCAACCUCUUGGUGACCCAGUUCAGAAGGUUUGUCUGGCUGUGUCGGAUCUGCAGAAAUCUAUCCACUAUUGGUCUACACUUCUGGGAAUGACUGUUAUGGAUAGAAAUGAGCAGAAGAAAACCACUUUAAUGGGAUAUGCAGAUACACAAUGUAAGCUGGAGCUUCAUGAUAUCAGUGGGCCUGUAGAUCACGGAACGGCAUUUGGAAGAGUUGCCUUUUCUUGCCCAAGAAAUCAGUUGCCAGACCUCGAAGCUCUGAUGAAAAAAGAAAAUCAAAAGAUUCUUACACCUUUGGUCAGUCUUGACACACCUGGAAAAGCCACAGUGGAAGUAGUUAUUUUGUCUGAUCCGGAUAACCAUGAGAUUUGCUUUGUUGGAGAUGAAGCUUUUAGGGAACUGUCUAUGGUGGAUCCUCAAGGAAAUGAAUUACUUAAUGUAGCUAUGGCUGCGGACAAAAGUGAAGAGUGGUUUGCCAAACAUAACAGGCAGAAGGCUGCAGCUUGA